AUGCCUCCCAAGUUCGACCCCUCCCAGGUCGUCGAUGUGUACGUCCGCGUCACCGGAGGCGAAGUCGGCGCCGCCAGCUCCCUCGCCCCGAAGAUCGGGCCCCUGGGGCUCUCCCCGAAGAAGAUCGGUGAGGACAUCGCCAAGGAGACGGCCAAGGACUGGAAGGGCCUCCGCGUCACCGUGAAGCUCACCGUGCAGAAUCGGCAGGCAAAGGUCACCGUCGUCCCUUCCGCCGCGGCCCUGGUUAUAAAGGCCCUCAAGGAACCGGAGCGCGACCGGAAGAAGACGAAGAACAUCAAGCACAAUGGCAACAUCUCCCUCGACGACGUCGUGGAGAUCGCCCGAAUCAUGCGGCCGCGGUCCAUGGGGAAGGAUCUGAGCGGCACUAUCAAGGAGAUUCUCGGCACCUGCGUGUCCGUCGGCUGCUCGGUUGACGGUAAGGAUCCCAAGGAUCUCCAGAAUGAGAUUGCGGACGGGGAGGUCGAGGUGCCCCGCGAAUAG